AACCAUCGUAAAACACGUAGCAGAAAUAAAUAAAUAAACGGUGAAAUUAAUGCCACCCUCAAUAUUUUUGUCGGUAGCCACUUGAGGAACCUCCAAAAAUUGAAAAAUGAGGUCGUUAGGUAUAUCUGUUCUUAGUUUAACGUUAACAACAAUUGUGAUAGCAAAUGCAUAUUAUCAAAAGAAACAGUUUUAUCCUUCUGUUGUAUAUAUAACAAAAUCUAAUCCUAGUAUGGCUGUAAUUUAUAUUCAAGCUUUUAUAUGUGUAUGGAUAACUGGUAAAAUAAUGAGGAAAAUAUUUUUUGGUCAGUUACGAACAACUGAAUUUGAGCACCUAAUGGAACGUUCAUGGUAUGCCAUAACAGAAACAUGUUUGGCAUUUACUGUGUUUCGGGAUGAUUUCAAUCCAAAAUUUGUUGCAUUAUUUACACUGUUACUAUUUCUCAAGUCCUUUCAUUGGCUGGCAGAGGACAGAGUUGAUUAUAUGGAACGUAGUCCAGUAAUUAGCUGGCUCUUUCACAUACGAGUACUAAGCUUGUUGUUGCUACUUGGCUCUUUGGAUAUGUAUUUCAUUCAACAUGCUUACCAAUCGACCGUCACUAAAGGUGCUUCAGUCCAGCUUGUAUUCGGCUUUGAAUACGCUAUACUUAUCACAGUGGUAGCGAAUAUUGCAAUUAAAUACGGUCUGCACAGUGUUGAUCUGAACAGUGAUACACCAUGGGACAACAAAGCUGUGUUCCUGUUGUACACAGAACUAGUUAUGGGAUUAAUCAAGGUAAUCCUGUAUGUUGCAUUUGUGGCGAUUAUGGUUCGCAUAUACACUCUGCCCUUGUUCGCGUUCAGACCCAUGUAUUACACUAUACGAAAUUUCAAGAAGGCGUUUAGCGAUGUUAUAUUGUCGCGUCGUGCAAUCCACAACAUGAAUACCCUUUAUCCCGACGCUACAGCUGAGGAAUUGAGGGCUGCCGACAACGUUUGUAUUAUUUGCAGAGAAGAGAUGACCACAGCUUCUAAGAAAUUACCAUGCAACCACAUAUUCCACACCUCAUGUCUCAGAUCCUGGUUCCAAAGGCAACAAACGUGUCCCACUUGUCGCCUCAACAUUCUUCACACUCCGACCAACAAUAACGACCCUAGACAGAAUCAACGACACCGAAACGCACCGCCAGCCGGACCAGUAGCUGCUCCAGGAGUUCCCGGCGGCCCCAAUCAACCGAAUCCGUUUUUCAAUCCGUUCUUAGCUGGCGCCAAUCCAUUCCAAAUGUUUAAUCCGGGAGCACCCAACGGUGGACUACCACCCCAACAUCCACAACAACAACAAGCUGCGCCUGCUCAGCCAAACAACGAACAAGCCGGUCCUGCUCCUCCAGGAGCCUCUGCACCGGGUUCGUCGAAUAUGCGUCCGCCUACCAAUCCCGUGUAUCCAGCUUUUGCGUUCCCACCGUUUCCGUUCCUACCUUUCAUGGCACCACCUCCCGUACCACCUGCUAAUUUAAGAACUCUUAGUCCCGAGGAGCUGCGUCGUAUGGAAGGAAACGAAAUGGAAAACGUCGAAGCGAGAAUACAAUGCUUGAGAAAUAUUCAGAUCAUGUUAGAUGCCGCUAUAGUGAUGAUGCAACAAUAUACUGUUGCGGCUUCGGUAUCCUCGCAAAUGCCCCAAGGCACGUCAUCUUCAAAUCAACAACAACCACCCCAACCAGCAAAUACUAACGACACUGCACCAACAUCAUCCAACUCAUGCGGAGACGGCGUUCAAACAUCUUCAUCAACCUCGACGGCCUGUAACGGCGUAACAUCUACGGAAUCAGCCGGGACAAACAGUAUACCGCAAGCUAAUGGAGAGAGUACCAGCUUGUCAAACUCGACCAUGGGAGAGCAGACAACAUCCACUCCAGAAGAGGAAGUACGAAGACGGAGACUUCAGAAGUUUUUGCUGCAUGAACAACAGGAGGCUCAACCACAAUAAGAGAGUUUGACACGAAUAUGUAUUUUUCCGCUUAUAUUCAUGAAAAAAAAGGACAUACAGUUUAAAAAUUAUGAUCAGUGACUGUUUUUUUGUGUAAAAUUAUUCGUGAUUCGGUGGCGCGGUAGGUUUUCACGAGACGUUUUUUACGAAACGGACCCAUUUUGAUGGUGUCUGUUAAAUAAAACAUUCCAAUCCAUUUGCCAAAGGUGUGCAAAGAGGUAAUUGUUUUAUUAUAAGGGAUAUGUCAACAGAUUUUAAAUAGACAAAACUUAUGUGUACUUUUUAAUUAUUGUUCCCCUGUAGAUACCCAAGAAUUAUUGGCAGCUAAAUAAUAAACAAUCGAUGUAUACUAGCUUCUGUGUAAUGAUAAAACUGCAUAAAAUGGUGUAAAAUAUUUAUGUCCAAUUACCUCUCUUCCAAUUAUUAUACUUGCAUUAAAAAUUUUCUGUCAAUAACGUAGUUUAUUAAGACAUGUUUAAAUUUUUAGUAUUUUUUAACUAAUAUAUUUUGCUUUUUGAGUAUAUAGCUAUUCUUGUUAAACUGAUUCGUUAAUUCGAAGUUAUAUAUUUAAAAUCGUUUUAAAGUUUAUUUAAUAAAACUUUUGUCUUGGUACAUCUUUUGUAUUACCCAAAUGCACAUCAAAGUACUGUUACUGAUCAAUGUAAGUUAUUUUUUGGAUACGUCUCAUUUAAUUCGUAUUAAUUCCGUAUGUUCUUGAUUGAUUUUAAUACAGGGUGUUUCCACGUAAACCUCCUAAGAUUUUUUAUUAAUUAAGCUUUUUCUAAGACGAUCAUUUGGAAAAGUCUGAUUCCUUUGGUUAACACUAACCAUAUUCUGAGUCGCAUUUGACAUUAUAUACUCAAUGUGGUUUGAAGUUUGGAGAGGAUUACUUACAAAUUAUACUGAAAACUUUGGACUGCUCAGUAUAGUCAUGAAAUUGUGAUUUUAUUGUAUAAAUAUAUAGGUUUUUUUAUUUAAAUGUGCACAUUUUAAAUAUGCUUUUGUUAUAUUAUUUCUUAGAUAACUUAUAUAGAACUACGUUGAUUAUAUAUUUUCAUAACAGUAAUUGUUAAUGCAUAACUGCCUGCAAUAUCAGUUAAGUACUUCUUGAAAACUACCUCUUAAGAAGUCCAUGAAUGUCACUAGAAUGGUGCUAUUCUGAGAUGAAUGAAGAUGGACAACUAAAUGUUUUCAAAAAUUGCAUAAUUCACAUUAUUUUCGAUAAUUUAGAUUGCAGAUUUUUAUUAUUCAUGCCAAUGAAGACCAUCUUCUGGAAUUAGUAAUUCCUCUCAAAGAUAGUAAUUAUAUUGCUAGUCCUGGAACCAAUUAUUCUGAAAUGGCCAUUUUUAUUGAACACAAAAUUUAUUUUUGUAUCAACCUAUAGAAUGAUUAGUUCUUUUAAUUUCAUAAAAUAUUUCUUUCACAUUAAAGUAUGCCUGGAAUGGCCUAAUAUUUGCUUUUAUCUCUUUGUGAUUAUCAUUCAGAACUGAAAAAUGAAAUCUUGGUUGUUAAUUCUUGUUAAUCUUAUUAAGAGAUAUGAGGAAUUGCCAUUUUGGCCAUAUGCACAUUCUAAAUGUUUUAUUAACAAUGCAAUGCAGUUACAUCUUUAUUGUUUGGGUGUACUUGUAUUAAUUGAUGAACUUGUAUAUAACGACAAUUUGGUCAAAAAGUAUAAAAAGACUGGAUUGUUACAUUUGGACAAGGACCCUUGUCAACCGAUGGACACGUAAAUAUGUAAUUUUUAUGUUAUUGGUAGUAUUCUAUAAAAUAAAGAAUGUUGUAUUAUA